UGAAUGAUGAAGAGGCCGAAAAGUGAACCUUCCGGCACCAGGAGAUUCAAAUUGUCACAUUUAUUGUUCGGCAUAGCGGCAUUAUACUUGAUUUUUAUUUCCCUUAAGCUUCCUCAGUUCUUUGAGAUUGCUACUAUGCUGAGUGGGGAUGAUGGUUUUAUUGGCAUGGAUGAAUCCAAGGUGGGGGAGGUUAGGGAUGACUAUCUAAGCAAACCAUACUUUGGUUCUGUUUAUAAGGACACAUUUCACAGGAAGUUGGAAGAUAAUGAAUACCAGAAUACUCCAUCAAUGCCCGGAAAAGAGUCCUUGCACAAGGAGAAAGGUGGGUCACAGCCUAUAAAGCCUCUUCAGCACCGUUAUGGUCGAAUAACUGGUGAGAUUAUGAGGCGAAGGAAUAGGACUAGUGAUUUGUCAGUUCUUGAGAGAAUGGCAGAUGAGGCUUGGACCUUUGGUUUGAAGGCAUGGGAAGAGGUUGACAAUUUUACUGUAAAGGAAAGGGGGCAGAGCUCCAUACUUGAGGGGAAGCCUGAAAUGUGCCCUUCAGGGUUAUGGAUGGGUGGAGAAGAAUUGGCAAGUGUUGACCAUCUUAUGUUUCUUCCUUGUGGGCUUGCUGCAGGGUCAUCUAUUACGGUGGUGGGGACACCCCAUUAUUCUCAUCAAGAGUUUGUGCCGCAGCUUGCAAAAUUGAGAAGAGGUAAUGCACUAGUUCAAGUUUCACAAUUUAUGGUUGAGUUGCAGGGGUUGAACUCUGUAGAUGGAGAGGAUCCACCAAAAAUCUUGCAUUUAAAUCCUCGCUUGAAAGGAGAUUGGAGUCAUCGACCAGUCAUUGAGCACAACACAUGUUAUAGGAUGCAAUGGGGUAAAGCUCAAAGGUGUGAUGGUUUAUCACCUAAGAAUGAUGAUGACAUGCUGGUUGAUGGAUACAGGAGAUGUGAAAGAUGGAUGCGGAAUGAUAUUAUAGACUCGAAAGAGUCAAAGACAACUUCAUGGUUCAAGCGAUUUAUAGGACGUGAGCAGAAACCGGAAGUAACGUGGCCAUUUCCUUUCAUUGAGGGUAGACUGUUUAUCCUGACUUUGCGUGCUGGUGUUGAUGGGUACCAUAUAAAUGUUGGUGGUCGCCAUGUGACUUCAUUUCCAUAUCGGAUGGGUUUUACUCUUGAAGAUGCAACAGGAUUAGCAAUUAAAGGUGAUGUGGAUGUUCAUUCAAUUUUUGCUACAUCCCUCCCCACCUCUCAUCCAAGUUUCUCCCCACAGAGAAUCCUGGAAAUGUCGCCUAAGUGGAAAGCACAGCCUUUGCCUAAGAGUUCCAUUCGACUUUUUAUUGGUGUUCUCUCUGCUACAAAUCACUUUGCAGAGCGCAUGGCAGUUAGAAAAACUUGGAUGCAAUCUGCUGCAAUCAAAUCUGCAGACGUGGUAGUGCGUUUUUUUGUUGCAUUGAAUCCGAGAAAGGAGGUCAAUGCAGUGCUUAAGAAGGAAGCUAGCUACUUUGGUGAUAUUGUGAUUUUACCAUUUAUGGAUCGCUACGAGCUCGUGGUUCUUAAAACUAUUGCCAUCUGUGAGUAUGGGGCUCAAAACGUGUCAGCCUCAUACAUCAUGAAAUGUGAUGAUGACACUUUCAUUAGAGUGGACACUGUUUUAAAAGAAAUUGAGGGAAUCUCUGCCAAGAGGUCUCUUUAUAUGGGUAAUCUCAAUCUCUUGCAUCGACCACUACGAAGUGGGAAGUGGGCUGUCACUUAUGAGGAGUGGCCUGAAGAAGUUUAUCCUCCCUAUGCCAAUGGGCCUGGCUAUGUAAUAUCAAUAGACAUUGCCAAAUUUAUUGUUGCUCAACAUGCAAAUCGAAGCUUAAGGUUGUUCAAGAUGGAGGAUGUGAGCAUGGGAAUGUGGGUCGAGCAGUUUAACAGCUCCACGACUGUCCAGUACUCCCACAACUGGAAGUUUUGUCAGUAUGGGUGCAUGGAGGACUAUUACACCGCACACUAUCAGUCCCCCAGACAGAUGAUAUGCCUGUGGGAUAAGUUGGCGAGGGGUCGGGCUCAUUGCUGCAACUUCAGAUGACAAGCGCUUCUUGUGACAGAGAUGGUAUUCCUAUUGUACCCACGUCCAAUUCAUUUGAAUCCACAGCAGAUUUUUGUCUGCAUGAGUGGGCCUUGAGAUGACAGCGCGAGUUAAGAGUGGUCAUUUUCAAACAUGCAAAUUACUGAGGCUGUAUAUUAUCAUUGCUGGGAAUUGGGCAUCUCGUCCGGAUUGGGCUUCAUCUCAGGCGUGUUAUUGUAGAAGCUGGUUGUACAUGAUAUGUGAGGCGGCAACUUACUCGUGGAUUUGAGCAAAACAAGACUUCCAAUUCAAGUGAAUUAGCCUUGUAUUUCCCCUUUAUGUCUUUUGUUUUACAGGCCUUUUCUUUUCUAACUGCUGUGACGCACAAAAGAAAAAAUGAAAUGGUAAUUUCUUUUCCUUACAAA